AAAGCCCGCAGGGAGGGGCUGGUCUCGGGAGGGGGGCGCUCCGUAGUUUCAGUGCCGCUCCUGGGCGAUCGGGUUGCAGCCGCCGCUCGUGGGAACGCAAAAUGUCUGCAGAACUGUCUUUGCUCAUCAACAUAAAUGAGCCACGAUGGGAUCAGAGCACCUUCAUGGGAAGAGCAAAGCAUUUCUUCACAGUGACAGAUCCGCGCAACCUUCUGCUUUCAAGCAAGGCCCUAGAAGAUGCCCGAAGAGUGAUACAGAAUUACAGAAUGGGUAAAGUACAACCAGGCUUGACUGAGGACCAAUUAUGGCGGGCAAAAUACAUCUAUGACUCUGCCUUCCAUCCAGACACUGGUGAGAAGAUGAUCCUGGUUGGACGUAUGUCUGCCCAGGUGCCUAUGAACAUGACCAUCACAGGAUGCAUGCUCACCUUCUACAGGACGGCCCCUGCCAUGGUUUUCUGGCAAUGGGUGAACCAAUCAUUCAAUGCCAUUGUCAAUUAUACUAACCGGAGUGGAGACGCACCCAUCACUGUCAAACAGUUGGGGACCGCUUAUGUCAGUGCUACUACUGGAGCUGUGGUGGCGGCAUUAGGACUCAAAUCUCUCACCAAGCAUUUGCCCUCAAUCAUUGGACGCUAUGUGCCUUUUGCAGCUGUGGCAGCUGCAAACUGCAUUAAUAUUCCAUUAACAAGACAAAGGGAGCUAAAAUUUGGUAUCCCCAUUAUGGAUGAACAUGGAAAUCGGCUGGGUGAAUCGAAGAAGGCAGCCCAGCAAGCUAUUGUGCAAGUGGUGAUUUCACGCAUUGGCAUGGCUGCACCAGCAAUGGCCAUCCCUCCUGUGAUCAUGAAUGCCCUAGAGAAAAGAGCAUUUAUGAAGCGAUACCCCUGGAUGAAUGCUCCUCUGCAGAUUGGACUUGUGGGCCUGACUUUGGUGUUUGCCACACCUCUUUGCUGUGCAUUCUUCCCACAGAAGAGUUCAAUGCGGAUGAAUCGCCUGGAACCAGAAGUCCAGAAUUUGAUCAGAGAGAAGAAUUCUGAUAUUGAGGUUGUCUAUUUUAAUAAGGGACUUUAAGAAACGAUGCCACAUACUAAGCUGGUAUGCAUCUGAAAGAAGUCAAUGAGGAACCCAUGAACCAGCAUUCCAAAGGAGAAAGUUACAUUUUGUAAUAAUAUAAUCCCUUUUACAUGCUGCUUUCUUGUUGGCUGUCAAAUCUUGGCAGUCCUAUGUGUGCGAUAUACCCUUCCUGCAUUCAGGAACAGAUUAUAAACUGGCAGUGUACUUUUGCUCUGAUCCAAACAGAAUCAUUCCAGUCUUGACUCAGCUUGAUGUCAGCACCAAAACUGCUGACAGUUUUUUAAGCAAAACCCAGUUCUUCUAUUAUGCAUAAUUCUGCUGUAAUGUGUAGAUGUUGUGUGUAAAAGAAAGAAUGUUUGUGUCUACACAUGUAAUCCCUGUGAAGUAAUAUUUAAGAAUCAUGAAACUGAGAUCCUUCUCAGGAGAGGAGCUCCACUGUGUACUUUAAAUCCUACAGAAAUCAAGUUCAGUGGAAGAGCAAUUUGCCCUUCGCUUCAACUGAAGUCUUUCUUAUUCAGCACCUAAUAAAAACAUCAUGGUUUCAUGAAGGACUUGCACAUGUUUGUGAGCUGCCUAUAAUCCUGGGAUUGUAAAAAGGCUUUGCUCCAAACCAUCUGUUCUUACAAUGAAAAAAUGACUGCAUAAAUAAUCAUCUUUGCAUCCUCUUGCUAUUUUAGUGUUUCUUGCAACCAAUGAAGCAUUCCGUUGCAAAGAUGGCAAUAUAUGCAGCCCUACUGUUAAAAACCCCAUGAGGUAGAUCAGGGGUCCCCAAACUUGGCAGUUUUAAGACUUGUGGACUUCAACUCUUAGAAUUCUGGAAGCUGAAGUCCACAAGUCUUAAAGCUGCCAAGUUUGAAGACCUCUGAGGUAGAUUAUCAUCAUUAGUGAAUUCUGAGUAUGAGAAAAUACUGGGGUUUCAUAGUAACAUGCUAUUUGAUCAUAGUGAAAGCAUUAUUGCAAGAUGGAGGGGAUUCUCUGUUAGAGUUUUACAGGUUGUCCUUGUUUAGCAAACCAGUCAUUUCAUGAAACAGUCACUAAGUGACUUCAGCUUCAGCAUUCCUUUGCCUUUCAGACCUGAAAGUCAUAAAUGUGAAGAUUAAUUAUAAAGUACAGUAUUUUUUUUUCAGUAAAUCAUAAAGUUACUGUCAGUGCAGUUGCUAAACGAGGACUGACUCUGUAGGUCUGAACAUGGGCUUCUAUUUAAUAUUUUGAAUCUGUAGAUAUCACAAAGCCAUAUAGAAAACUCUGAUGCAGACAUUUGCUAGAUUGUUUUUGAAGAGGGAUUAUUGCUUAUCUUUUGCUUAUGAUAGUAUUUUCAAUAACUAUAUUCACAAUUACAAUAACAGUUAUAACUAUAUAUUAGAAUAAUACAUGAGCCAAGAAAAAGUUCAAAGGACAAUAAACACAGAUGACAUUCAAGCUGAAGGUUGAUUCUUUCGGCUCAUCAUGUUGCAUGCUGUGUUUUCUACUUCAUUUGGUUAGGCAUAUACUAUGACAUCUGUAUCCUAGGCUUAAGGUAUAAUACAGGUAAUCCUCGACUUACAAUCACAAUUGAACCCCAAAUUUUUGUUGCUGAGACAUUUGUUAAGUGAAUUUUGCCUCAUUUUACAACCUUUCUUGCCACAUUUGUUAAGUGAACCACUGCAGUUGUUAAGUUAGUAAUAUGGUUGUUAAGUGAAUCUGGCUUUUUCAUUAACUUUACUUGUCAGAAGGCUGCAAAAGAUGAUCACACGACCCCAGGACACUGCAACCAUCAUAAAUGUGAGUUAGUUGCCAAGCGUCUGAAUUUUGAUCACGUAACCAUGGGGAUGCUGCAAUGGUCAUAAGUUGAAAAACAGUAUUAAGUCACAUUUUUAGUGCAAAUGUAACUUUGAAUGGUCACUAAAUGAAUUGUUGUAAGUUGAGGACUACCUGUACAUUGUGGUAAUAUUUUCCAAAAUAAGAAUGACACUAUUUAUUUUUUCUUCACUCAUCUUCAUAAUGCUCAGUUUAGAGCACAACUCUUCUUACUCAUAGGGAAUAUUUGUUUGAAUUGCUUUAAGAACAUAAAUGACAGUCUUUGGUGCGUAAUGGAAUGUAUAACUAUGAUUCAUAGAAUGCAGACAUAUGUGCUUGAACUGAGUCAGUGAUCCUGGAAUUAUGGCUUUAAUCAUGCCUGCGCAGAACAUUUGUAUGAAUGGCUGAAUGCAAGCAUUUCCAUAGCCAAUUACGGCACCUCCUUCUGUCUGCCAUGUAGACGUAACAGAUCAAUGCAAGGAUCAGUCAAUUUGCACACCUGAUCAAAUGCACUAAAUCAGCAUAUCCACAUCCUAGAAGAAACUUUGUGAAGAUGUCACAUAGCACCUCUUAAAUAUUUUGAAAAAUCUAUGUAAAAUGGGUGGCUGAAACUUCAGAAUUCUCUUUACAGAAGUAUUUCUAGAGAAAACACUCAAAGGUGAUAAUAGUGGACAGUCCUUUGAUGGUAUACUGUAUGAAUCUGGUAUCAAAUAUCAUUUGCCGUUUUAAUGAAAAGUUCUUUUUGCCCUUUAGCAGAAGGGCCAAAGAAUUUAAUUUAGGCACCACAAUGCAUAAGCAGCUUCACUGAAACUGAUGCCAGAACUGCCUUUCCAAAAGGUGUUGAAGGUCAGUGCUUAAUCCAGUUUUCUGUUCUUUUCAUCUCUAUAGCAAAUCACUUAAUAGGAGUAAAAUUGCCUACCUUUGGUUCCUUAUAAAUGUCACUGAAGUUGGAGGCUCAGAAGUUCAGUCAGAGGUUGCUAUGUGCUCUUUAUUAUGUUUACUCUUAAUGAAACCUUUUGUCUACGUUCUCUGGAAUGUAAUCUUAUAAUAUUACAAUAACUUUUGGAAUUUUUAUAUCAGUGCAUUUUCUCUUUAUAUGCUAGAUUGUGGUGGGAUUUUAUUUUAUCAAACUAAAAAUUAUUUAUGUGCAGCAAUCCACAUGUAUUCCGUAUCAUCAUGCCUCUUGUGCAGCUUUAACUAAGGCAAUUUUUCCAAAUAAAGAAUAUAAUUUCUGUCUCUUGAA